AUGGCGUCCCGCACUCGUUCCGGUGCUCGAAAGCAAGCCUCAGCCUCUAGCCAAACACCGCAAGCUGCACGAGGCGCCGGUCAGAAGGGGCGCGCGAAAGCUAAGCAAACUGCCAACAAGGCGUCGCCUGACAGCGACGUUCCGGAUGUCGAUACCAGUGGUCUAUCCGCGUCCGACGCUCAGGCCCUAGCGAAACUUCUCAAGAAAGCCAAGGAUGCGAAGAAAGCUGACAAGGAGUCGCAUGUGAAGGGCGUCCGCAAGAGAGUGGCCACCAUGAUCAGGGACGAGGAAGGUUCUUCGGAAGAAGAGCAGCCCAAGCGCAAGAAGAAGAAGAAGAAAGCCAGCGGAGACUCUGAUCAGGCGAAUAGCUCAGGUGCAGAGGCGGAGAUGAAGGACAGCGCAGACGAAGACGAAGACGCGGCGGUUGAUGAGGAGGUUCGCAGUGACGAGCACAAGGAAAGUCAGGAGAACCACGGGAUGGGCAUAUCGGAGGGCACCGAGGAGAAGGAAGUUCGGGCUCGACCCAAGCCGAAGCCAGCUUACAGGGGAGCUCAACAGACAGCGAGGAAAUCAGCCUACCUGGACAAGGACGAGGCAAUUGUUGCGAAGUCGCUCGGUGCGACGGCAUCUACAAAGGGUAAAAGCAAGGCUGCGCACCUCAGUGAUGAUUCAAGGGACGACUCUGGCUACCAGGAUCAACAGAUCGCUACGAAGCCGAAGAAGCUGGCUGCGUCUCCAUCUUCCAAGAAGACGAUAUCGUCGGGCGACCCACCAUCGCCGUCGGUGAUGAGGCGCAAAGUGUACAUUGACGUGCCGGUGCCAGCGAAGUCUUCAGCCCUCAGUUCAGCAGUGAAGGCGAACAACAAGGGCAAGGAGAAGAAGACUGGGAGACAUACUAGUGCGAGUAGCAGCGACGACAGCGACGCCCACAAGAGUGACGACCAUGAUAGUGACGAGGACGAGGAGUACGAGCCGAAAGGAGGCAAAGGCAGCGAUGAAGAUGAGGAAGAUGACGACGAGCUCGAGGAGGAAGAUGAUGACGACGGUGUAGUGGUCUUGCCUGAGCAAAUGGGCAAGAGUAAGCAGAAGCGCUCCAAAGGUCGAGGGCGCAGGGAGCGAGCCAAGGUGACCGACCUUCCCAUCGACGUCAGAGCCCUCGUCACCGCAGCGCAGAACUGCCUGCGCCUGCGAAUCUCGCUCAAGACCGCAUGGACGUCGGAAUCAUCAGUGGUCAGCGGACGCCUACUGAAGCGAGACGCUCUGAUUCGUUACAGCGUGGAGGAUGCGCGCGAUAUGCGCGACAAGGAUGGCAAACGCAUUAAGGCGCUGAAGAGGGCGUUCCAGUUGAUCAGUCCGAAGUCAAAGAGCAAGGACGAGAAGCCUGAGAGAGAGAAGACUGAGAAAGAGCGCGAGGAGGAGGAGAAGGCUGAGCAAGAGCGUCUUGAGCUGCAGCAGAACGUCUACACCGUGGUCUGGGCGAGUGCAUCCCAGUUCCGCAAUGAGCUCAAGAGAAAAGCCAAGGUUGCCGUUGACCAGAUGUAUGGCCUGCAAGGCCUGUCUGCCGAGCAAAGAAGCGCAGUAGCCGCAUGGCUGCUCCGAACGCACGCAACGGACGUUGUCGAGGGGGGUUCACGCCAUAUCCCGAACUUCGUCUUCAGUGACAUCGACAUCGUCUUCGACCAGCGAAAGCGUUUAGACUUGAAGGCGACUACAUUCAACCAGGACGAGCCUUUCCGCCACGAGGCAAUUGCAGAGCUCAUCUACCAACAGUGGGCUUUGGGUGCGCGCGCCGACGCCAACAUACAUGCAGCGAUGGACGAUUUUCGCAAGGUGCCGGACAAUCUGAUAGCUGUGGUGUGCAAUGCUAUUGAGUCUGCACUGACGGAGGUCGUCAUUCGUGGACAGGCUAACUUCUUCGCGAACAAGCAGUUCGCGGCUAAGUGGGAUGGCCUGAUGGCCAUCCUGGCGACGCUCAAGGCUGAGGCGCCUGAGCACUAUCGAGAGACGAAGGCCAUCAUUUGGGCACAAAUCUCAGGUCGCAUGAAAGCGAACACGGUGGACGAAGAAGAAUCCGACAAUGGGAACGGUAGCUUCCUCAAGAUAGAUCGCCUGCGUUCGAAAGUCGGCAAGGGGUCUCCUGUCCAAGAGAGGAAGAGGGCGACGUCCAUCAGCACGAGUCAGGCGUUGAAACCCGCGAGCAUGGCGCAGGUGGCAAGCACGUCGUCGAGUCCGAGGAGGUCUGGUGCACCAGUCAAACCACCUUCAGGAUCCGGCAAGCCAACUUCAUCGUCGGCCAAAUCGUCGGCCAAAACCUCUAGUGCGAAGUCGCCGAAGCGUGGCGCUGAUCAAGAAGUCGACGAGCUGGACAAGGAGGAUCGCGACGAGCCUGAGGGCGAAGGGGUUACGCAUACGCAUGAGAUCAUCGAGCAGCAUGACGAAGGGCAGGAGCUCGUCAACGAGGGUGAAGGCGACGCGGCGAACGCCUGA